AUGAUCGCCAGCACUCAGCAAAACAUGCCCUCUGACAUGAAUGGUGUGGCUUACCAUGGUCCUCCACGUAACUGGAGAGGCAUUGGGAUAGCUUUGAUGGUGAUCCUGAUGAUCAUAUCACUGGUCAUCCUGUCUAUCAUCAUGCUCACUCCUGAUCAUUCUCUUCAUUCUCUUCUUCUCCAGCGCUCCCGUCUUACUCUGGAGGACCUGGACAAAGACGAUUUCAAAGUUCAUGAUGCCCAUGUGACCUGGCUCAACGAUGAUGAGGUGGCCUUUCGCACCAGGGAAGGGCACAUCCUGAAACACAGCCUGAGUGAGAACCUCACCAUCUCUCUGCUGGGCGGCAGCAUCCUAGUGACUUCCUAUGUCAUUUACAGUGUGGGGACAGGGGACUUUCUUGAGCUAAACCCACACAGAGUGAAGCCAUCUGCUCUUCAAUAUGCCGCAUGGGGUCCCCAUGGAAAUCAUUUGAUCUACAUCUUUCAGAAUAACCUCUACUACCAGCCCGGUGUGUACAGUGGUCCUGUACGUCUCAGCACUACAGGCAGUGGGUCUGUUAUCAACGGGCUGUCAGACUGGACAUAUGAGGAAGAGAUCCUCCAGACGUACCCUGCCUACUGGUGGUCUGGAGAUGGGGUACGACUGGCGUACCUGUCCAUCAACAACACACACACACCCUAUGUGGAGAUCCCUCGUUUCACUGGAGGGCCAUACCCCACAGGAGUCUACUAUCCAUACCCUAAGGCAGGAGAUAAUAUCCCGGCAGUUACUCUUUACGUGGUGAACGUCUUCAGCCCUGCUCACACUCUGAGGAUGACUGCUCCAGUCUCACUCAAAAACAGAGGCCAUUACAUCUCCAUGGUGAAAUGGACCAGUGGGACCAGGCUGGCUGUGCGUUGGUUGAACCGGGUCCAGAACCAGUCUGUUCUCUCUGUGUGCGAGGCCACUACUGGAGUCUGCUCACAGGAGGCACCCCUCUUCUCUAGAGACGGCUCCGUGUUCUAUGUCACUCUGCCUGCCGCACAAGGGGGUCACGGAGAGUAUCGACACAUAGCUGUCCUCCCUACUCAGCCUUUGACUACCCCCAUGUCUCCACGAUUCCUGACAUCAGGGCACUGGGACGUGAUGUCGCUCUGUGGCCUGGAUGAAGAUGCAGAGAAACUGUAUGAGGAAUACUUCAUCAGCACAGAGGCAUCCAAACACAGCAGACACCUUUACAGUGUGAACCUCUGGGGUUUUUCUCAGAGACACUGUCUUACCUGCACACUCUCAGAGACCUGCCGCUUCUACAAGCCACAGUUCAACCCCAGCCUCACUCGCGUUAUCCUCCACUGCUUGGGCCCUGGCAUCCCCAGAGUGACUGUCCACAGCACCAGAGAACAUUUCAGGUACAAGGUCCUGGAAUACAACAAGCCUCUGUCUGAGGCCCUGGAGGGAAAACGGCUCCCCAUCACACACUACAGCACCAUUACAGCUGACCACUAUGAUAUCCAUCUAAAGCUGGGUCUACCACAGGGGUAUGAAGAAGGCCUGCAUCCUCUCCUCAUCAUCGUGGAUGGAGCCCCUGACACUCAGGCAGUCACAGACCGUUUCUCUCUGGGCUGGCCCCAGGUCCUCUUCAGUAUCCACGGUGUAGCUCUGGCCUGGGUGGACGGCAAAAGUGGGGCGGCACACGGCCUGAGGUCACCUAACCUUGACCCCAGGAAACUCAGCUCCCAGAGAGUCAAAGACCUGCUGAGCGUAGUAGAGUGGUUGUUGGAGUUGCCGUACAUUGACAACAGAAGAAUUGCGCUGUAUGGAAAGGCAUUUGGUGGACUUCUGACACUGAAGAUGAUGGCAGCAGCCAACAUAUUUAAAUGUGCUGCAGUGAUGGCUCCAAUCACAGACUUCAAAAUCUACAAUGCUGCUUUUUCUGAGAGAUACCUGGGUCUUCCAGCCACUCAGGAGAGCUUCUACAAUGCUGCCUCUUUGCUGGAUGAUGUGGUCAAUCUGAGGGACAAGAACUUCCUCCUUUUACAUGGAACCGCAGAUGCACAUGUCCACUUCCAGCACACUGCCGAGCUCAUAGACCGUCUGGUGUCAGCAAAGGCCAACUACUCUCUGCAGAUUUACCCUGACGAGGGCCACGUUUUGAGACGGAGCCACAGUGUUCAGCACUUCCGGUGCACCCUAACAAACUUUCUCCAGGACUGUCUGGCUCCUAUGCCCCCUCAAAAGUCUGAUGGACAAGAGGAUGACUGA